AUGUGGAAUAACUCCACCUUUGUGGUAGAAAGGAAGGAAAAAGGUAGAAGCUUCUUAAUGCUUGAAGGCACAUGUUGUAGUAAUAAUCAGAAGUUGAUAUUUGUCAAUGUUUAUGCUCCUUGUGAUCUGGUUGGGAAGAAAGCUUUAUGGGAUGAGUUGAGGCAGCUGAAGGCUUCUAAUCCUAGUGGAAUGUGGUGUUUCCUUGGGGACUUCAAUAGCAUUAGAAGUUCUCAGGAAAGAAUCAGCUUAUCUCAAAGAAGGGCAGAUCCUUAUGACAUUGCAGCCUUUAAUCAGUGGAUUGAUGAUAUGGAGCUUCAGAAAAUUAAAUGUUAUGGGAAUAGCUUUACUUGGAUUAGGCCUAAUGGCUGUGUGAAAAGCAGGCUUGAUAGAUUCUUGGUCUCACAGAAUUGGCUAUCUCUUUGGCCUGAGAGCUGCCAAACUGUCCUUCAAAGGAACCUCUCAAAUCAUUGCCCGUCUAUAUUGCAAACUAAUAUGGUGGACUGGGGCCCAAAGCCCUUUAGGGUGUUUGACUGGUGGCUGCAGCAAAAGGGGUACCAAAAAAUGUGGAGCAAAGCAGAGGGGAAUAUUAAUCCUAAGAAGGUCCUUAAUAUUCAGCAGAAGCUAAAUGAAGUGGAGGAUCUAGCUGCUCAUCGAAAUCUGACUGAUCAAGAGAUUAAGGACAGAACUUUACUUCAACAGGAGUUAUGGAAUGCCUCUAAUGCUUUUGAAUCUUUAUUGAGACAAAAAUAUAGGGCCAGAUGGCUGAAGGAGGGGGACUACAACACUGCUUACUUUCACAAAUACAUGAAUUUUAGGAGAGCUUAUAAUAAUAUUCCAGGUAUAUUUAUAUAUGGGGAGUGGAGCCAUCAACUUGAUGCAGUGAAAAAUGAAGCUGCCAACUUCUUCCAUAAUAGAUUCACUGAGUAG